UGCCUGUGCCCCAUAUAAAAGCUGGAGAGAUCGCUGAUCUCAGCUAGUCCGACAGUCUCUCUCUCCCCUCCCUCCUCCACGCUCUCUCUCUCUCUCUUCUCUAUGGUCCUUUAAGCCUGCUGCAUCACAGGAGCUAUCCAGUGCUGAACCAGAAGAUUUUUUUAUCUUUUUGAAAGCUGGGGGAGCCAUAGAGUAACACACAGCAUUGCCAUCAGCCUUGCUCUCCACUGGUUUCCAUUUUCUUUCCUUCUCUUAUGUUUUUUAGAGGUUGUCUUUUCGUUUAACACAAGGAUUACCACUACCGUCAGCCGGUUCCAGCUCUGCCUGUUUGCUGCUUUCUUUGGGGGUCUUCUCUUUUCUUCUCAUGCGUGAUUCUCGGGCCUGUGUGUUUUUUAUUCUUUGAAACAUGCCCCGUUCGUUUUUGGUGAAGAAAAUCAAGCUUGAUGAUUUCUCUUCAUCCAAUGCUGCCUCCAAUCACCAUCACCACCUGGACGACUCGUUCUCCUUUCACACGCCCAUCACUGACUCUGUGACCAACUUGGGGGUUCGUCUCAGUGAGAAUGGCUACAUCCAGGAUUACAUCACGCCAUCGGUAUACCAGGGGGAGAAGAAGAUGGAGCUCAAGCUGGCCUCGCCCGUCUCUGACCCCCUUUACACCCAGGUGAGCAGCGGGGGCGAGGAGUACUGUGACCCUGACCUGGAGCACCCUGACAGCCCCCAGUCCGGCAUGACAGCCAGCGGCUUCUACAGUGGCGAGGCGGAGGCCCCGACCGAGGGCUACACCAUGGAUGCCUUCUUCAUCUCUGACGGGCGCUCGCGGCGGAAGGGAGAUGGUGACGGCCGUAAGGGAGGUAGUUCUGCCACGUCCAAUGCCGAUGCCACGGAGGAGAGGGAGGCAGGGGCCGCCGGCACGGCCCGCCACUCCUGCAACGAGUGCGGCAAGACGUACGCCACUUCAUCCAACCUCAGCAGGCACAAGCAGACGCACCGUAGCCUGGAUAGCAAGAUGGCGCGCAAGUGUCCCACCUGCGACAAAGUGUAUGUGUCCAUGCCGGCGCUGGCCAUGCACAUCCUCACCCAUGACCUCAAGCACAAGUGCGAUGUGUGCAGCAAGGCCUUCAGCCGGCCCUGGCUCCUGCAGGGCCACAUGCGCUCGCACACCGGGGAGAAACCGUUCGCCUGCGCCCACUGCGGCAAAGCCUUUGCUGACCGCUCAAACCUCCGCGCCCACAUGCAAACACACUCUGCCUUCAAGCACUACCGAUGCAAGCGCUGCAAUAAGACCUUCGCCCUGAAAUCCUACCUGAACAAGCACUAUGAGUCAGCCUGCUUCAAGGGAUCUGGGGAUGAAGAUGACGACGAGUCCUGCUCUGAGAACUAGCUGACGGAACCAGAAGGACGGAAGCAGAAUUUGGAACCCUAGGUUCUACAACCAAUAACCCCCUUCACUCUGCCCUACAUCCCUUUUUUCUUCCCUUUUAUAGAAAGCAAUAUUUUCACUGAAAUUACGUGAAGAAAACUGUUCUGAUUAUGGCAAAGACAAUUUCAAAAUAUGCUGGAUCCCCCCC